AUGGGGUCGUCCGGCUCCAGCCUCCCGUUCCGCCUUCUGCAGCAGCUGCUUCUGGUCCUUGUCGUCGCCCAGCACCGACAGCACCUCCGAACUGGAGCCGCCGCCGCUGGAACCGAGGCCAAAUACGGCUGCUUGUUUGAGGAUGACCUUUGCAAAUCAUUUGAAAUCUGCAUAAAUGAUGGAGUAUUUGGGAGGUGUCAGCAGGUUCCAGUGAUAGACGUGUACAAGUAUGAAGUUUCACCGCCCAUUCUCCAGCGCUUGAGAAUUGUCUUAGAGAAGCUGUUACGCAGAGGUUUUACUUGGCAAGAUGAUUAUACCCAGCAUGUUAUUGCCCAUGAACUCUCUAAUCUUCAGAAGAUCCAUGAUUGGCACCCUGAGACAUUCUCAUCAGAGGAGCCCAAUUCUCCAAGAACCUCAAAGCAGAAUGUUGAUAGAAACAGGAAUUUAGGUCUGGAAAAGGAUGUGAACUUUGCUAAGUCUCCUCAGCAAUACCUUGCCUAUCUGGAUAUUCUCUCCCAGUCUGCAGUUCCAAAUGUAUAUGCAAGGAUAAAGAGCAACAAAGCCUCUCUUAAGGCUGAUAACAUCCCUCCUGACACCAUCAUCAACUACAUGGUGCAGAAUUCCAAAGGAAAAACGUCUGCUUUGACCCAUUCAGCAGCAGCCCAUUCAAAAUAUACUGAAAACCUCCCAGUGAAAACCUUCAGCCGACCACAGAUAAAUAAAUUUCCACUAAAACUAGAUGAAGAAUUUGACCGAAAAGCUCUACUGGCAGCAUUAAAUGCAUAUAUCACUCAGAAAGUGGCAGCAAAAAAUCAUGAUGGAAGUUCUUCUGUUAGCAGGACUAAAGAGUCUUCCCCCUAUACCAAUAGACUUAAGCCUCCUCAGAUUGACAAUCUUGAUGGAACAUUGUCAGAAGAAAAACCAGGAGAUUUUGAGAUAAGGCUGCCAUUCCUACGGAGGCCUGGAUCUGGACUAGUACCUGGUUCCGCCCAGAGUGAUCGGAGGGUCCCUCUAACUCCAGUAGAUGAAAUAUUUAUUCAGGAUGUUCUGAGGGACCUGAAGAAACAUCAUGUGGAUGUAGAUAAAUUGAACCCACUGGAGCUGGACAAGAUGGCUGAUAUCAUUGCUGAUGCCAUUCAAGCAUUUGAUGUAGAAGAAGAAAAGAAAAAUGCCGCUGGGAAGGUCGAGGGUGAGAGAGCAGAGAAGAGAGUUGAUGCAGAAGGAAAAGAUUAUUAUGAGAUGGGAUUAAUGACCGAAGGUUACCACUUACAAGAUGAAGGAGCACAGAAUGAAGAUGCCAGGACUAAAAAGGAGGAGAACCAUUUGAGUACAAAACUAUUUGAUUUCCUGAAUGAGAAUAUGGCAACUGAAAAUUGGCUUAAGGACCCUAUGCCCAAAGAAUCCUUUAAAACAGAAAUGAAGAAGUCAGAGGAUUUAGAUCUCUCCUCUUCUUCCUCUGAGGAAGUGAAGGUUGGGAUUGAAAAUGUGAAGAGUGAAACAUUCUCAAGGGAGCUGAUAGCUGAAAAGAAAGCUGAGACGGACUCCAACUCUAAAGAGCUGACUGAGUUUCAUCACUGGAUUAAGAAUACUUAUAUGCAGGAUAAAAGUGCUUAUGAAGAGACUCAGAAAAAUAUGGGAGAAGGUCUGCAGCUAGAUGCCAAGUCUUCUAAAGAAGAUGAAUAUGGCUACAUUGUGACAGAGAAAGACCCUCUGAAUGGGGAAAAAGGUUUGGAGUUAAUAAAGGAAGUUGCGGGCAAGCUGAAGCUGCAGAUGACUGCCUUUGCUGAUAUCAACAUACUGGGGCCAGCUGUGACCUUCAAAGUGCACUCAAAUGUCUUCAAUAUCACCACUGCUGAUGUUGCCAAAGCAGCAGCUGAUAACAAAGACAUGCUUGAAAAAGUAACAGGACUGAAAAUUUUGCAGACUGGCAUGGCAGAGAAAAGCAAGCUACAGCUUUUGCCCCAUCAUGCCUGGGAAGAGGAAGAUACCACCAAAUUCCUCAUACUAACACUCCUCUCCAUUGCUUGCAUUUUGGGGGUCCUUGUGGCAUCUGGGGUCAUCUACUGCCUCCGCCACAGCUCUCAUCACAAACUGAAAGAGAAGCUGAGGAGCCUGGGCUCUGAUACCACCUCCAGUGCAACUGCUGCUUAUCAGGAGUUAUGCCGUCAGCGUAUGGCAGUAAAAACAUCAGAUCACCCAGAGCCUCUGCAUACUUCGCGGAUUAACAGCAUAUCUUCGCAGUUCAGUGAUGGACCCAUUCCAAGUCCUUCUGCUCGAAGUAGCACUUCUACCUGGUGUGAAGAACCAGUCCAGUCCAACAUGGACAUAUCCACUGGUCACAUGAUAUUGUCCUACAUGGAAGACCACUUGAAGAACAAGAAUCGUCUGGAGAAAGAAUGGGAAGCACUUUGUGCUUAUCAGGCUGAACCCAGUGCAACUACCAUUGCACAUAAGGAGGAAAAUGUCCAGAAGAACCGCUCACAAGAUGUGAUAGCAUAUGAUCAUUGCAGGAUAUGUUUGAAAGCUGAAAACAGCCAUGACAGCUCAGACUACAUCAAUGCAAGUCCAAUUAUGGACCAUGAUCCUAGGAACCCUGCUUAUAUAGCUGCUCAGGGAGCCCUGCCUUCUACUGUCGCAGACUUCUGGCAGAUGGUCUGGGAAAACGGCUGUGUCGUUAUUGUCAUGCUGACACCCCUUGCUGAAAAUGGAGUCAAACAGUGCUACCACUAUUGGCCAGACGAAGGGUCAAACCUCUACCAUAUCUAUGAGGUAAAUCUGGUCUCUGAGCACAUCUGGUGUGAAGAUUUCCUUGUGAGAAGCUUUUACUUGAAAAACCUUCAAACCAAUGAAACUCGAACAGUGACACAAUUCCAUUUCCUUACCUGGCAUGAUCAGAAAGUUCCCACUUCUACCAGGUCCCUUCUGGAUUUUCGCAGAAAAGUAAACAAGUGCUACAGGGGUCGUUCUUGUCCAGUAAUUGUUCACUGCAGUGAUGGCGCAGGAAGAAGUGGAACCUACAUCUUAAUUGACAUGGUUCUCAAUAAAAUGGCCAAAGGUGCUAAAGAGAUUGAUAUUGCUGCUACUCUGGAGCACUUGAGAGACCAGAGACCUGGCAUGGUCCAGACAAAGGAACAGUUUGAGUUUGCAUUGACAGCAGUUGCAGAAGAAGUGAAUGCGAUACUCAAAGCACUUCCACAGUGAGCAGUUCAUCCCUUGGAGGUUCCCAAAGUGGUGUCUCUCUUCCAUGAUCCUUGGUCCCUGUGAAUGUCAUUAGAAACCGUGACCUGACCUUAACUGUGUGUCUGCUAUUAUAACCACAUAUUGAUAGAGAUCUUUACAAACUUCUAUUGCCAGUUAAAGUUCAACAGUUAAUGUGUAUUCUGUUCUUGUUAUGAUAUUCAGAAAUAAUACACACGGAGACUUUGGCUUAAGUGAUAAGAACAAUCCCUCUAGUUCCUCUUACAUCCACAGUGUCCUAAUUCUCACAUGUUGAAAGCACAUGUAUACCUUGUUAAUAGUAAUAUACCACGUGUUGUGGAUACGCAGUGCAUUCAAUGUGUCUUUGGCAACAUACUGCUCUCUUAUGUUUUUGUAACUUUUCCAGGACUGAAUGAAAGAAGCAGGGGGCCUAAUAAUUAUUAUUUAAAAAAAAGCAUAGGGAUUGUUCUUACAAAGGCCAAGCAAGCCCACAGAACAAUGUUGUGUGUGUUAGUAAACACAGGUCCAACUUCUGGCAUAAAAGAGGCUGUGCCACUUCAUGCUGUGCCUUGGCAAGAAGAUGCUUUUCUUAACUGUUGUUUACUUUUCAACUUCUGUGCAAUGAAUAAAAGUAAAUCUGAGCUCUAAGUCCAGAAACCUGCUAAGUUAGCACAACUAUGGAUAAAAAGUCGGUCAUGUCAGCAGGAGCCCAAGUUUCCAAAGAGCACAGCAAACUUUUAUUGUGUAUCACUGCCCUAACGGGAAAAGAAAGCAAAGUGAUUGAACCUCACAAUAGGGUUUGAAAGCUCCUGUAUUGGCAGAUUGCUGAAUGUUGAUUUUAUUUUAUUUUUUCAGAAUUAGAAGAGAAAUUGCAUUUAUCUUUGUGUUAUAUCUCAAGAUUAAUUUAUCUUUAAAAAAACCCAAAAGUGUAUGUUAUUUUUAAAGACCAGUAAAAAGAUUCGUAUUUGGUUGAACUGCUAGCAUAGUUAUUCAAAAUUAUGGCAAUUUCUUUGGUACACUUGUAUUUCCAAACCUGCAGAAUAAUUUAAAGCUACUAUUCCUUGUCUUUAGUUCUGAAUCCACUUACAAGUAGCCUUAUUCUACAUUAUAUUCCAUGCACAUAAGUGCUUUUAGGAUUGCUUUCUUUUACUAUAAAAUGUCCAGUAAUUCCAUUUGAAGCAUAAAAGGGGGUGCUUCAGCCUCUUCCUCCUCACAUCCAUCCAUUGCACAUGCAAAGCUGCGUACAAGGAGACUUCUAUAACCCUGGCAUUUGCUGGUUCAAAGGGAUUGAAACAUGCUUGUAGAGUACAUCUUCAUUUGCUUGAGCUCUGAAUUACAGAAAAUAACUUGAAUUAUGUAGUAUGCUAGCUAUUCGUUAUUUGUUUCCAGGCUUCUGGCAUUUAUUGUGAAUUACAUUCUGAGGUAUGUGUCUAUAAAUUUCUAUACCAUUACGUUUUUUAAAAAAAUGUAUAAUUUGGCAAAAAGAAGAAGAUCACAGUUUCUUGUAAAUGAAAUUAUAUGUUUCAAUUCUUGGGCACAAUUCACCAAGCACAGCUGCAUCAUACUCUGUCACUUUCAGUGGGACUUCAUGGCCCAUCCAUCAAGCACUGUUGCUACACAUUCUCUUCACACUUGGAAAGCCCCACUGAAAUAUAUGGAAGAUGUGCAUUAGCAGUGCUUGGAAGAUUAGAUUCAUUAUAUCCACGGUUUAAUGUAAGCAUCAA